CUAGAGUGUAGGCUAAUGUAGGCCGAGUAUCAUGUAUGAUCUGUUCUCCCGUACGUAUUGAUCGUCCAAGGAUGUUCCCAUACAUGCGUAACCAUAAGUGGCGGACAAACACGACGAUCGACGCUUGUCUUCAACAGCCAUGUCCGACAUACACGCCCCCGGCGGGCCCAUACCCGAGGUCCCCUACGACCUCACCGUUCCCCAAUUCUUGCUCGACAUAGACUGGCAUCCCGCCAGGCCAGCGCUACUGUCACGCGCCCCGUGUAUGAUAGAGGAUGCGACUGGUCGUGCGAUCUCUUUUGACGAGGUUCGGGCACGUACGAUCGCGCUCGCAAAUGUAUUGCAUUCCCGUUUCCAAAUCAGGGACAAUGACGUUGUCUGCAUCUGCACCCCGAACCACGUAGACUUUCCUGUUGUCGCGCUAGCUGCACAGAAGCUUGGAGCUGUGGUCACGGCCUCGAACCCCGCAUAUACGGCCAGCGAUCUCGAGUACCAGCUUAGGAUCACAAAUGCCAAGAUCCUCAUCUUACAUCCCUGGAACCUGGCAGUCGGACACGCUGCGGCGAAGGCCGUAGGACUUCCCUUAGAACGGACCAUAUUGUUCGACGUGGCGGAGAGCAGUGAGCCAUCGCAGGCAUACCCUACUGUCUCCGAGCUCGUCAAGGAAGGGUCCGCGAAGCCGCAGAGCUUCACGGAACGCCGAUUGGGGCCGAAUGAGGGAAAGACAAAACUGGCCUAUAUCAACCUAUCAAGUGGGACGACAGGGAAGCCUAAGGCGGUCUGCAUUCCCCAUAGUGCAGUGAUUGCGGGCAUGAUCCAACAGGGUCAUAUGUUAGAACAAGAUACCACUCCCUGGGACGACCGGAAGUACCGUCCUGGAGACCGGUGGUAUGCCGCCCUGCCUUUCUUCCACAUAUACGGCCUCGUCGGCAUCAUGCAUUUUGCACUGUUCUACGGAACGACGCUCGUGGUAGUCCCAAAGUUCAGCUUCGAGGGCAUGUUGAAAAGCAUACAACGCCACAAGAUCAGGAUGCUCCCAGCCGUGCCUCCGAUAGUCGUCCUGCUGUGUAAGAAUCCCGAAGUGAAUCGGUACGACCUGUCCUCCCUGCGCCUCGUAAUGUGCGGCGCCGCACCGCUCUCGGCCGAGCUCAUCAACCAGCUGUCCGCCCGGCUGCCCUGGAUUAGCAUCGGGCAAGGAUACGGUAUGACGGAGGCCGUGGGCUCGGUCUGCUUCCCGCAGCUAGAGCAGAAGAUCUGUUCGCCUGGUAGCGCAGGGCGGCUCGUCCCCGGGCUCACUGCGCGCGUCGUAAGGUCGGACGGAUCGCUCGCGGGAUUGGGGGAGCUGGGCCAGUUGGUGAUCAAGAGCGAUGCGAUCGCCCUGGGCUACCUGAACAACGAGGAGGCCUCGAAAGAAACAUUCGUUGACGGCUGGCUCUACACCGGGGAUGAAGUCUAUAUCAAUGACAAAUACGAGGUCUUCAUUACUGACCGUAUCAAGGAGAUCCUGAAAGUCAAGGGGUUCCAAGUGGCACCCUCUGAGCUCGAAGGGCAUCUCCUUGAUCACCCUGACGUCUCCGACGUCUGUGUGGUCGGCAUACCCGACGAGUACAACGGCGAGCUGCCCUUCGCGUUCGUCGUCCUCAGCGCGGAAGCGAUCCAGCGCAUCAAGGAGUUUCCAGCAGAGGCCGAGAGUAUUAGAGCAGCGGUCAUGAAGCACGUCUCGGACAACAAGGUGCAGUACAAGUGGCUCGCCGGCGUCGAGUUUGUCGAGAGCGUACCGAAGAACCCUAGCGGGAAGCUGCUCCGUCGGGAGCUGCGCGACCGCGCGAAGGACAUGCUGGCGAAGGGGAAGUUGCUGCUUGUGAGCACAAAGGGGAGAGUGAGACCGAAGCUAUGAGACCGUGCUGUCGGACGUAUGGGUUGGAUGUCGAUGUGAUGACGCGACGGACAUCCUAACGCAGCCGAGGGACACAUUUAGCCUUUCAACAAUGGCUGGACCUAGUAAUUAAGUGGUACUCAAUACAGGCGUACUCGAUAACAAC